GGCUGCGCAUGCUGCAGCCUCCCAGCUGGCUCCGUCACAGGCCCCCCCAGGGGCCAGCCAGGGCUCCCCGCCACCUUGCGCCAACAUGCAGGGGUCUGCGGCCAGGGACCCCGAGAAGGAGAGGCGGUACGCCCGGCUCUUUCAGCAGCUCGACCUGAACAAAGAUGGCCAGGUGGAUAUCAACGAGCUGAGAGAGGGUCUGCGGGCCCUGGGGAUGAAGCCGUGCCAGGACGCCGAGCAAGAAAUCCUCCGGGCCGGGGACACCAAUCAAAACGGACUGCUGGACCUCGAGGAGUUCACAAGAUACCUCGAGGAGCGGGAGAGGCGGCUCCUCAUCAUGUUUGACAGCCUGGACCGCAACGGCGAUGGUCGCAUCGACGUGUCGGAGAUCCAGCAAUGUUUCCACGGACUCGGGGUUCCCAUCACGCUGGGCCAGGCCAAGAAGAUCCUGCAGAGCAUGGAUCGCGAUGGCACGCUCACCAUAGACUGGCUGGAAUGGAGAGAUCACUUUCUGCUGAAUCCGUUACAGAACAUGGAAGACGUCGUCACGUACUGGAAACAUUCUUCGAUGUUGGAUAUAGGCGAGUCCCUCGCCGUUCCAGACGAGUUUUCGCAGAAGGAGAUCCGCACCGGCAUGUGGUGGAAGCAGCUCCUGGCCGGAAGCAUAGCCGGCGCUGUAUCUAGAACGGGAACUGCCCCGCUGGACCGGCUUAAAAUUCUUAUGCAGGUGCACGGCUCUCAGUCUCGGGGUCGCAGUAUGUUGAAGGGGCUGAUGGAGAUGGUGGAGGAGGGUGGGCUGCGCUCUCUCUGGCGAGGCAACGGAAUAAACGUGCUGAAGAUAGCACCCGAGUCCGGCAUCAAAUUCAUGGCGUACGAACAGAUUAAGAAGCUGAUCCGGGGACAGCAGGAGACUCUGCGGGUCUCUGAGAGAUUUAUCGCCGGGUCCCUGGCCGGAGCCAUCGCCCAAACCGUUAUUUAUCCUAUGGAGGUUCUGAAGACGCGGCUGGCCCUGCGCCGGACCGGCCAGUAUUCCGGAAUGUCCGACUGUGCCCGACAUAUCCUGCGCACUGAGGGGGUCAAAGCCUUUUCAAAGGGCUACCUCCCCAACCUCCUGGGCAUCGUGCCGUACGCGGGCAUCGACCUGGCGGUGUACGAGACUCUGAAGAACACUUGGUUACAGCGAUACCGAUCCGGAACCAGUGCCGACCCCGGAGUGCUUGUGUUGCUGGCGUGCGGCACGGUGUCCAGCACGUGUGGCCAGAUCGCCAGUUACCCGCUGGCUUUGGUCAGGACGCGCAUGCAAGCACAGGCUUCCAUAGCCGGUUCUCCGCAACUGUCCAUGCUGGCCCUAUUCCGCCACAUAGUUGCCAGGGAAGGCUUCCUGGGCCUGUACCGAGGCAUCGCACCAAACUUCAUGAAGGUGAUCCCCGCCGUUAGCAUCAGCUACGUGGUGUAUGAAAACAUGAAACGCGUGCUCGGCGUGACCAGCCGGUGA